GAAAGACUUGACACUUCAAAGAUGUGAGUCACGCUGAGUUCUUGACGUUGAUAUCUGACUAAUAACAUUAUAGACACUGGGUGGGAGCGUAUUCCAGUAUCCAGUAUUGCCAAGCGCGUCAUUUGGCGAUUGGAACAAGACAGAUAUUCGCUUACCGCGAGCAAGCUGUAUCACUUGGGUGAGCAACUGCCUGAUUACUACGGCGGUGACCCGAACAAGGUCGGUUACAAGCGCCUCGAAAAACUCCGCGGUGAUGCCUCGACACUUUUCCUCGAUAUGGAUAUGUUCUUUGUCAAAGAAUCCGACUUGCUCUUCGUCCUUCCCACUAUUCCACAUCUGCGCAACGUCAAGCUUUCUAUCUGCUAUCGAGAGCUCCCUGAGCAUGAGAAUGAGCUCAACUGCUGGACAGCGCCCGCCAAAUGGAAGACAGAUCCAGAUGCGAACAGCCGGGAAGGCUUCGCACCACGCUCCAAGUACUAUACCAACGGGCGGCUCGACAGUGAAGACCGACCAGGUCAUUAUAAGCCGAGCAGUUCUCCGUUUCCUGAUCAGCGCGUACCUCGCAGAGGCGGUCUCGUAGCUGUAGGUCCAGAAGAUCCGGAUUACCCUCAAUUGUGCCUAGAGCAAGGUCUAUGCCACCUGCUUUCGGAGCAGCAAAAGCUUCUAGCCAUGAACGGCGCGCACCUUACGCCGAAAAGCAUGACAUCAAACGGUACAGCCGACGGCCCGAACGAGGAGAACAUGUCCCCUUCAGCAGAAUCUCCCACAGAGCGGGUCAACGGCGCUCAUAGUACGGAAGCCUCAGAAAGGCCUCUCGUCAACGGCAUCAACGGAGCAGCUCAUUGAUGCUCCAUACUGACCGACAUAAAUAUAUUACCCAUCCAAUGAACCCAUAUUAUACGAUAUCAUGCCACAUCCUCUGAUCGCAUCAUACCCGCACUGGCUAUGGAAAUGGUUUUGUUUUAUUCAGCGACACGAGCCUACGAUACGAAGCAAAUAGCAACUCCCUCCCGCAUAUACAUCUCUGUCCAAAUGCAUUUGCAGUCGUCUAAGCUGUACUGUUGGCUUCGAAUUGUAAAGUCCUGCAACAACUGGUUCUUCGGGGACAAACUGCACGGGGCUUACCCAGGAUGAAACAAUAUGCAGACCAAGGCGUUUGGCGCCGCUGCCAUGUUUAGGUUCUCACGGAAAUGGAGGACCGAUCACCUCAUAGAAGAAAGCGUAUUAGAUACUAUUACUCUUGCUCAAUACCAAUUGAUAAUGUCCA